GUCAACAUUCGAAAACAUGGCGGACUGGAGGCUCAUCAAUGUGCUGGUGCUAGGGAUUGGUUUUAUGUUUAUAUUUUCUGCUUUUCAAACAUGUUCCAUGGUAGAGCAAACUGUCAUUACUGAUGCACGGGACGCACCAAAUAGCACAUUCACAGGGAAUGGUUACACCAGUCUAGCUACAAUCUAUGUAGUGUUUGCUGCUGCUAACUGGAUAGCGCCCUCAGUGGUCGCUCUCUGUGGACCAAAAUGGUCCAUGGUGCUUGGAGGUUUUUUAUAUCUUUUGUUCAUAGCAUCUUUCUUAUAUCCAAUGACAUGGGCUCUGUACGUUGGAUCAGUGUUAGUAGGCAUUGGGGCUGCAGUAUUGUGGACUGCCCAAGGUAGCUUUCUCACCCUUAACUCUGACGCAGAAACGGUUGGAAGAAACAGUGGCAUAUUUUGGGCCCUUCUCCAAAGCAGUCUUCUGAUUGGGAACCUGUUCUCAUAUUUUGAGUUACGUGGAGCCACCACAAUAUCAGAUAGCAGACGGACAGUGCUGUUUGGAGUGUUUUCAGGGGCCUGUUUCCUUGGUGUUCUUAGCUUUGUGUUUUUGAGAAAGGCACCUUUUACUUCUAGCAAGGAAAUCCAGAAUGUUAAUAUAAGUUCCAGUGGAAUAAGAACUGGACCAGGGGAACCCAAUGGUACUGAAGUAGUUAAUGUAAUGGAAGACAGACCUGCUGGCCCUGUGAAAGCUUUAGUUCAGUCUUUCAAGUUGAUGGCCACCAAAAACAUGCUGCUGCUCAGCGUAUGCUUUGCUUAUACAGGAUUGGAGUUGACCUUCUUCAGCGGAGUGUACGGGACAAGUGUAUCCAAUACCAAAAUACUAAAAGACCCGGAUGCUUUGAUUGGGAUCUGUGGAAUGUUUAUAGGUGCUGGAGAAAUAAUAGGUGGUGCUGCCUUUGGGCUGUUGGGAAAGAGAACCAACAGGUUUGGCAGAGACCCCAUUGUUUUGUUAGGAUUUCUGGUGCAUACUGUGGCCUUCUUUCUCAUAUUCAUCAACAUCCCAGAUAUUGCACCAAUUGAUAAAACUCAAGAUGUGGCUUAUUUUUACAGUGUAUUUCCAAAUGAGUAUGUAGCAGUUUUGUGUGGUUUCCUGUUGGGAUUUGGUGACAGCACCUUCAACACUCAGAUCUACUCCAUACUUGGCUUCAUGUACCCAGAUGAGAGUGCCCCAGCCUUUGCCCUCUAUAAAUUUAUGCAGUCUCUGGCUGCAGCUGUAGCAUUCUUCUACAGUGACGUGUUAAUGCUGAAGUGGCAGUUGUUGAUUUUGCAAGUGAUGUGUGUGCUAGGAAGUUUCUGUUUUUUCAUUGUUGAGUGGGGUGCAUCACAUUUGCAUGGACCUGGCAUGUACACUUCUAUUGAUUGACAGGAGGACUCUGAUGACCAACUCUCUGAAAUAUAUGAUCAGGGUGAAGAGGACCACUUAUUGUGAGAAAUUAUUUAGAAUAGAUGAAAUAUAGAAAACAUUUACCACUUUUUGUGUCCAAAAAUAGUUUUAAAAAGUAGCAUGGAGCCUUUAUAACUUUAUUGCAAAGACAACAACACCAGUAACUUGUGCCCAAGCUUGGAAUCAUGUCCUGUCCGUGGACUAUUGGCAUAAAUAGAGAGACUUAAAAUGAGUGACUGCCAAAGGAAAGUCACAGUAAAUAUUUAUAGGCAAGAAAGUAAGUGCAAGGGUGACAAGAAGUGGUGGCUUCAAUUGUGAAUUUGUUUUCGAACAAAAAUAAGGUGAAAACACUGUUGGGUAUGAUUUUUUUAAUGAGCAUGGAAUUGUUCAAAUUUGGCAAAAUGUUGAUUAAAAUGGAAAAAUAACUGCCAUAUUUUGCUACAAAUUUGCCCUUUUCUCCUUUAAAAUUAUAUAUAAAAAUAAAUGCAAGAGUGAAAAAGUGAAUUGGUCAAAAAAUUGGCCAAAAUUGUGAUAUGAAUGAGAUUUUUUUGUGCAAUUUAUAUAAUGUUGAGAGCAUAGUUCCUCUUGAGUUUUAUCAUAUUGUAUGUACUGAAGAUUGUUUUGGCAUCAGUGGUGGGUGUUGCAAUAAAUUGUCAGAUCUAACUUAUGUUUGAGUAAGUACUAGUUACAACAAGAGUCGUCCACUGUAUGCGACAUACAAGAGUGUAAUUAUAUCGAGGCGCAGUCUGUAGGACGCAUAGUGGACGACGAGUAGUUGUAACUGACUUACACCACUGCUGGCAUUUCGAACAAUAGGAUGAACACACCGAAGCAUAUGAAAAUACAGGCAAGCCUUUAUGGGAAAUACAAAUGCAAUUAUCCUUUUGUUCAAAGCACCAGUCUUGGUAUAAGUAAAUAUGUAGUAACUGAUCUUGUAAAUCUGUCCAAUUUGGUUUUUGUCUAGUCCUUGUCCUAAUGUAUUUUCUUUUAAUCAUUUAGUCUGUUUAUUCAUGUAUUUUUGUAUUCUAUUCUAUAAUAACUAUGGUUCUGUAGUAGUGAACUUUAUUGUUAACUUGUAAAUAGCUACCUUACUUUAGGGAUAUAUACUUUUGCAUAAUGUACAAGGUCAAAUAAAAAUAUGUACCAAUAUUCAAUUGAAUUAACAUAUAAACAACUGUUCAUAUGAUAAUCCAAAUAUUGAAAUCCACUUGUCCAGGAGCAAUAAUUGUGCUUCUCCUUGAGCACAAUUUUUAUUUUCAAAUAUCGAGAAAGAAGUAGCAACAUCUUUCUUGUCUAUCUCUCCCUAAAAUUUAUUUAAGUUGAACAUUUCAAUG